AUGUCAACUCUCCAUAAUAUCAGUCAUCCGGAGAUAGCCGCUAGUUCACAAGCAUAUUUGCGUCCACCAUCAUCUCUAAGUUUACCGUCGAAUAGUGGUGAUUCCGGUUUCUUGCCAUCAAGAUAUGGUAGCGCAAGUGCUUCAACAACCAAUAGCCAGGGUGGAAUAAAUUCUACUUCCGGUAACACAUCCAUUGGCUCUUCACCAAUACCAACUGAGCAGGAUAUUGACCAAGUAUUACGUAAAGCAAUCGAACUGUUAACACUAAGAAACGAAGCGCUUAAACAUACUGGUGUUUCAUCACGGUUUGCCGAUGCUCGAUAUUUUAAUAGUGUUUCCGGUUUUUACGAUUUCAGUGCGAUAAAUUCUGCAGCAAAUGAUGUUGCAUCAUACGAGAAACAGCAAGCGAAUCAUCUACGAUCGAGACGUUUGCCACCUCUUGCGCGUAAAUCACCAAAACCGGAUAGUUAUAAAACGGUGAUGUGCCAAGCUUGGCUUGAAAGUGGAAUAUGUAGUUUCGCGGAGAAUUGUCGUUUCGCUCAUGGUGAAGAAGAAUUGCGUCCUUGCAAAUUACCAACGAAAAAUCCUAAAUACAAAACAAAAUUGUGCGACAAAUACACAAUGGCGGGACUUUGUCCAUAUGGUGAUCGUUGUUUAUUCAUUCAUCCAGAAGCGUCAAAUGCUUCAAAUCCAUAUAUACGCCCUGAUCGGUAUUUGAAAAUGCAACGCGAACGUGCUCUUCUGGCAUCUGUCAACAGUGUUGAUUCAGAAGCUCCCCAUGUAUCAUUGUCGAAUCGUGCGACAAAUCAUCCACCGCCAUCUUGGCCACUUGAGUCACCUGCAUUUUUUUCUGCUCAUCGUGAUCUGGAUCAGCUACUUAAAUUGCAAUAUUUUACUGAAAAUGUGAAGCCAUUAUUCAGGGACUCAGAAGAAAUAUUAGCUGCAAAAAAAUCAGAUCACACACCGAUUCUUAGCGAUAUCACCAAUCAUACUAUGGUAUCGACUCAAGCGACACCAAAUGCUCUCUUAUCUGCUAGUAAUUUAAAAGUAAAUGCCACAGCACACGAUAGCCCGGACUCCGGUAUUUCAUUUCGUGAUUACGAGGAACCCAAAUUUCGUGCAACUGUCACUUCACAACCGGAUAUGUUAAUAUCAUCGGAUUAUCCAUUUCAAUUCGCUAUUCAUGCUGAUAAUCUUGCACGCUCACUGGCAUGCGAAUUCAAAGUCGAAUAA